AUGCUCGAUCACAUUGCUUUUCACCAGAAGGAGUGGAGCACUUGCAAGCCCCAAAAACAUAAUGAAACACAGGAAAGACUUGUCAGAAUCGAAGCCAAACUUGACAAGUUACUGGACCAGAAGGAAGCUUCAUCGACGAAUGCAAAUAUUCUUGAGUUACAGACAAAACUGGAUCGGAUUGAAAACCUACUCGCAGGCCUGCAGGAAAAUGUGUCUAAACGUGUCUCCAACGCUAGUAUAUCUCCUUCGUUCACUCGGAUCGGGUCUAGGUUAAUUUACAUCGAAAAAGAUAUCGAAAAGUCCUGGGACGCUGCUGAAGAAACCUGCCGCGAGAUGGGAGGUCACCUGGCAACUAUUCAGAACAAAUCGGACCUAAACAGCAUCGAAAAAGAACUAGAGCUCCAUGGCGUCUACUGGCUGGGCAUCACAGACGUGGCCAAGGAGGGAGAGUUUGUGUCCGUGGCCACUGGCGAACCAGCACCCUUCUUGAAGUGGGAAGAAAAUUCACCAUUCAGUUUAACACACCAAUAUAACUGUGUGGAUAUUUACAAAGGCGAAAUGUACGAUACCGACUGUAGCAGAAGUGAAAAUUUUAUCUGCGAGGCUGUUGGAUAA